AAAUAUCUCUGAUUUUAUGCGUCAACGUCAGAACGUUUAAAACUUGAGUCUGAAGUUGUUUGUAUUCACAAUUUACAAAUAAAUAUUGAGAAAUGCCUAAAAUACCUAUUUAUUUAAGCAGUGUUUAUGUAUAAACUGUAAAAAGUAUCAAAAUGGAAUUGGUGUCAAACAUAAAAGAACAAAAAGAUAUUAAGAAAACAGAUAAUGAGGUCAAUGAAUUCCAGCACAACAGUUAUGUAGAAAAAGCCAUAACAACUUCUAAAAGAGAAGUAGGUGAUGGUGCACCGGCAGAGACUGAACAUGAGAAAAAUACAAUACUGCCCGAUGCGGAAAAAAUGGAGACGCAUUCAAGUUUUUAUUUACAUUUGAAAAUUGACAUUGUCUGUGCUAGUUUGCUGAUACUCGCCCUUACUACUCGAUUGUAUAGGCUGGAUGAACCUCGUUAUAUUGUAUUUGAUGAACUUCACUAUGGCAGAUAUGUAUCUCUGUAUACCAAAGGAGUGUUUUUUUUUGACGCACAUCCUCCACUAGGCAAACAGUUGCUGUACUUAGCGGGUAGGGCAGCUGGAUAUGAUGGGAAUUUCACAUUUGACCGAAUAGGAACUCCGUACACAGAGAAUGUGCCUGUGAGAGCUCUUAGAUUAGUCCCAGCAUUAGCAGGCAGUUUACUUGUGCCUGUCACAUAUCAAUUAAUGUUAGAGAUUUGUAUGUAUCCAUGGACUGCCAUACUUGCUGCCCUUUUAGUUUUGUUUGAAAACUGUUUUCUAGCUCAAUCAAGAUUUAUGCUCCUAGAAAGUAUACAAAUAUUAUUUGGAUUGUGUGGAGUGUUAUGCGCUAUUAAAAGUACACGAAAAUCUGGACUUGCUUCAGUACUUUGGCUUUGCCUAGGUGCUUUUUUAUUAGGUUGUUGUUUUUCAGUUAAAUAUUCGGGUCUCUACACUUAUUUCCUAUCGUUUUUCCUGGUCGGACGACAUGUAUGGCGACGUUUCAGCUUUUCGGAAUCUGGCGUCCAUCUUGCAUUUUCAACAUUAUGGAGAGUGAUAAUUUUAAUCUGCAUACCAUUAUCUGUCUACCUCGGCGUAUUCUAUGCGCAUUUAGAGAUGUUACCAAAAGCGGGACCUCAUGACAGUGUGAUGACAAGCGCGUUUCAAGCAUCUCUACAAGGUGGCCUCGCGAGUAUAACGCGGGGGCAACCUCUGCAUGUUGCGCACGGCUCGCAGAUUACUCUCAGGCACACACAUGGUCGCACAUGUUGGUUGCAUUCGCACGCGCACGUGUACCCCGUGCGUUACACCGACGGGCGCGGCUCAUCGCAUCAGCAACAAGUGACGUGCUACAGUUUUAAGGACGUCAACAACUGGUGGAUAGUGAAGCGACCUGAGCAAGCCACUCUCGCAGUCGCUCGGCCGCCCGAUGCGAUCCGACACGGAGAUGUCGUGCAACUGCUUCACGGGAUCACAAGCAGAGCGCUGAACUCGCAUGACGUAGCAGCACCGGUGUCGCCGCAGUCUCAGGAAGUAUCUUGUUACAUCGACUAUAACGUCUCGAUGCCAGCUCAGAAUCUCUGGCGCGUGGAUAUUCUAAACCGAGAUUCCGAUGAUGCGACAUGGGACAGUAUUCGCUCUUUAGUCCGACUAAUACAUGUUGAUUCCGGUUCCGGUCUACGCUUCAGCGGUCGACAGCUUCCCUCGUGGGGAUUUCAUCAGCAUGAAGUAGUUGCUGACAAAGUCCUGACACACCAGGAUACUAUUUGGAAUGUUGAAGAACAUCGAUAUACAAAAGCGGAAGAUAGACGAGAACGGGAACGUGAACUUGUGAGUGCGGAAAUGAUACCGACUGCUGUGACGCAGCUGAGUUACUGGGAAAAGUUCGCGGAGUUGCAGUACAAGAUGAUUGCGCACGCGCCGGACGCGCCGCACGGACACAUGUUCGCUAGCGAGCCCGUCGAGUGGCCACUGCUAGUGCGAUCCAUUGCUUACUGGCUGUCACCUAACUCUAAUGCACAAAUACAUCUAAUCGGUAACCUUGUAACUUGGUAUGCAGGGACCAUAUCCGUAUUUGUUUAUACCGGCUUCUUGACUUUGUACGCCGUCAGACAACGUCGCGCGUGCGCCGAUUUACCCCAACCAGCUGUGCGGAAAUUCUAUGAUGCCGGUUACAUUCUCUUCCUUGGAUACUGGAUACAUUACCUUCCUUAUUUCUUUGUAGAUCGGACUUUAUUCCUCCACCACUACCUCACUGCCUAUAUUUUUAAGAUCCUUCUUUUAUCAUACAUUAUUGACCAUAUUUAUUAUGUAAUACGACUCAGAGAGAAGACGCGUUCGUUCGCGAAUUUGUUCUUACUGUGUAUAGUGGUAUGGUUAUCUUAUGUUAUAAUAACUUUCAAUAAGUUCAGUGUACUGAAUUACGGAAACGUAGAUUUGACUGAAAAUGAUCUUAUAAGUCUUAGAUGGAAAGACUCUUGGGACUUUAUAUUGCACAAAAAAACUUAAAGAAUACUCCAGUUUUAAUUGAUCUUUUAGUAUUAUUAGUCUCAAAUAAUUUAAUAUCAAUGACUUAUUAUUUAUAUUUUAAGAAAUUUUGUUGUAGGUACUCAUAAUGCCAUUUUAGAUCACAAAUAUUUGUAUUACAAUUAAAUUGCCACCAUGUAUUUUAUUCAGUAAAUACUCGUAAAGUCUAAGUUAUUCAUAUAGUUUUCUAGAAUAAGUUUGUAAUAUAUAUAAUUUAUUACAUAGGUGACUUAAGUGAUAUUAUACGCAUUUACAUUUGCUAUGAAACAAUCCGUCCAUAAAUUAAUGGCACAGUUCCACAAUCUAUACAGCAGUGCAAUGUGCCAUGUGGCAUGCAGCAUGACAUCUGCAUCCAACCAUGCUUAGGGAGAGAGAACAGAGAUUAGUAGUCAAGUAUGGCAAAAAUGUUAUAUGGACUGGAAUCCAGCUUACAUACAUAUAUGCUCUUACAUACAUAACAUCACGCAUUUUAUCCCCGAAGGGGUAUGCAGGGGCGCAACUAAGGCACCCACUUUUCGCCAAGUAUGUUCCGUCCCAUGAUGUGAUAGGGGGCGAGCCUAUCGCCAUAUCGGGCACAAAUUCCAGACUCCGGGCUGAUACUGAGCAGAAAAACCCAAAUAUCACUUUGCCCGACCCGGGAUUCGAACCCAGGACCUCGGAGCGCUAUUGUACCGGACGUGCAAUACAACUACGCCACCGAGGCAGUCAAUAUAUGCUCUUAUAUCUUGAAAAACUAGAAUUUAAAUAUUUUUUUAUUUAUAUCUUUUUUUUUUCAUCCAAAAGACAUUACAUUAUCAUAAAUUUUCAAAUUUGCUUUUUGCCCCAUGGUUUUGUCAUUCUGUAAGAUUGUAACUGUGUUAUUGCAGAGUUUAUAAUAAAAUAUAUAAUUUUUUAAA